AUGACGAACCUUAUGUGCUCUCGCAUCUGCGCGGGCUUCAAAUACUUUGGCACUGAGAUUGGCAUCGAUUGCUACUGUGGCAACAGAAUAGAGGAGCGCACUCCUAGUGCCAAAGCAAACGAGUGGGAUUGCAGCGUCAAGUGCCCAGGCAACAAUAGGGGGAGGAAAGAAGUGUGUGGCGGCGAUUGGUCGAUUAGUAUCUGGGAAAAGACAGGCUAG